UAAACUAAGAAACACAAGAAAACACAACAGAAGACAUGGAUCACUAAACACAAGGAAGACAAAAGGAUAACUUAUCACAGAACAGGGGGAGGAAUAAAGGCAUGAAACACAAGCGCAACAAGCUGAUUCCCAGGGGAGGCGCGGCCAAAGAGAAAAAGAGAAAUAUGAAUUAUGACCCGCCCUCUGAGCAGCGCAGACUGACUGACACUCGGAGGAAUCCUGCAGAAGAGACACAGAAGAAAAGUGCGAGGACACAAUCAUGCGCUGGAAAAGUGAAGUUAAAGUAGAGUGCUGCAUUGUAAGCGAGGACGAAACUGGAUCUGUGUUGUCCAACGAUGAGCUUCUCGUCAUGUGUGAGGACUGCAAAGGAGAAGGAGAGCUUCUAGGAAAGUGCGCUGAAGACAGGAGAGACAUAAUGGGUGCUCCGGUGGAAGUUCUGGAUGAAGACGCGUCUUCGCUGCAGACGAUGACGUCUGUACCUCUGCUGGGCAGGGCUGUGUGCGCGAGCUGCAACGAGGAGAUAGUGGAUAAAUAUUUAUUAAAGGUAAACGACCUGUGCUGGCACGUGCGCUGUCUGUCCUGCAGCGUGUGCCAGGCUUCACUUGGCAGCAGUGCGAGCUGUUACAUCAAAGAAAAAGAGGUUUUCUGUAAACUGGAUUACUUUCGAAGAUACGGCACCUGGUGCGCGUGCUGCGGUCGGAACAUCCACUCCACAGACUGGGUGCGCCGAGCCAAAGGCAACGUGUACCACCUGGCCUGCUUCGCCUGCUUCUCCUGCAAGAGGCAGCUGUCCACCGGGGAGGAGUUCGCGCUGGUGGAGGAGAAGGUGCUGUGCAGGGUGCACUACGACUGCAUGCUGGACAAUCUGAAGCGGGCAGUGGAGAAAGGAAACAGUGUAAACAUGGAGGGGGCUGUGCCCACGGAACAGGAGAUCAACCAGCCCAAACCCUCCAAGAGAGCGAGGACCAGCUUCACUGCUGACCAGUUGCAGGUGAUGCAGGCUCAAUUUGCUCAGGACAACAAUCCAGAUGCUCAGACGCUGCAGAAACUAGCCGAGCAGACGGGCCUCAGCCGGAGAGUCAUUCAGGUGUGGUUCCAGAACUGUCGAGCACGCCACAAGAAGCACGUGAGCCCCAACCACAACUCCAGCACCCCCAUGACCUCACUGCAGCCCAGCCGCCUGUCCCAGCCCACGCCGACCCCAGAGGAGCUGCAAUACACCGCAUAUGGAGGCCCGGAGGGUUCAAUGCUCUCUGCACUGCACUCCUUCAUAGAUAUACACUCCCCUCAAUCCAUGUUUCAACCGCUGCUGCCAGCCCACGCCAUGACCUCUCUGCCCGUGUCACACACUUGAGCUGCUCACACACGCACACGCCCUCACCAGCGAUCAUCCACUAUUAGCAGCUGCAGUACUCAGAACGCCGCGCUUAAUAUAAUUUCAUCUAAAGCAAACCACUAAACCUCUUCUUUCCUUAAACUGACAGUAUUUCAGUCCAUGUUGAUAUUCUUUAACUCCUCUCUUGACGAUCAUUUACAGUCCUAAAUGUACUGUACUGUGGAAAUUGAAAGGUUUCUGUGUACCUCAUAGGAUUGUGACACAUGCCAUCAUAGAUUUCUAUUUGUUUUGUGUAGUUGGUGACACAGUUUGACCGUGCUACUUUUAAGUGAAAGCCAACAGGACCCAAAUAUGUCAGCUCGUUAUGAAGGUGAACUUGAAAUUGUUUGUAUAGCAGUGUUUGAAUAUUUGCAAUUUAAUUUAUUUAUUGUAUUUGAUGUCUGUUUUGGAAAUAAAUGUCUACUUUCAUUAA